GUGAAUGAGAAAUUAGGGGGAAGAAAAAGAAGAGGACAAGAUGAGCAUAAAUAGAGAGUAAGUGAAUUAAUGAAAUCCAAUUUUGUUGGUUUGAUUUUGUUCUGUAAUUGUGCCAAAGGGCAGUUGGUUAAUACAUAGGGGAUUGGUUAAUACAUAAUUGAUUUUCUUAUAUUAUUUUUGUUUUUGGUUCCAUGUGAGAUUUUAUUCUAUUUGUCAAUUGAAAACCUAUUCUUAUUGCUAUCAUAUUCUGUUUACUUCUUGUUGAAAGGAAAAUAAGUUAAAUAAUCUUCUUCUGAAAAAUCUGUUGCUCAUAAGGAUACUUUUACAGGUAGUAUGUGUGUAUUAUUAUCUAUAAAUUAAUUUGCUUUUUUUUUUUUCUUCUCUUUGUUCAGUGUGUGAGAAAGAUUUUCACUCUUGAAGAAAUAAACUAGCAGGCGGUUCCGAUUCGAAAAGGUUUAUAAGAUGUAUCCGGCCUACAGAUGCAUGGACUCGUUUCCCCAUCAGAGAAAUCAAAUGCCAUAUACACAGCAUUAUUAUCCGAGCUUCGAAGGUAUUCCAUAUCCACCUCAGGUCAAUGUGGAUCCAUCUAAGUCUCCUAUAACAUAUGAAACCUGGCCUUAUGGUGGCAGCUAUGGUUGUUCAAUUCCUGUGGUAUGUCAUGGUUGUUGCAACCAUAACCAUUUCCCAAGUUAUGGGGGUUUCAGACCUCCUUAUCCUCAUUUUCCAUCGCCAUCACCGUUUCAGUGUCACGGAGGUUAUCCUUCUUUCCCAGAAACCUAUCCUGUUCAUUAUGUUCCUUUCGCACAUUAUUCAGUGGAUCAGCCAUGAUUUGAAUAUAAAAAGAAUCACUGUUGUGGAUGCCCUAAUCACUCGUGCAAUAAGAAAGAAGAUAAGCAUGUAAAGAUUGAAGAACAGGAACCAGAGGUCAAAAACAAAAGCAAUCAUUCUUUGGUCUCCGUUGAGUUUAAAAAUUACCCAUAUCCAAUUGUAUGGAUUCCUCCAGAAGACAUGAAGAAUAGAGAGCAAAGAGAUAGUACUGCGCCAAAGUUAAAGCACGGGGACGAGUAUCCUCCUGAUAUGAGAGCCCAUGAAAAUUUGGAACAUUUGGAACACGAGCCUAAUAUCAGGAGCGGGUGGUUUCCAUUUGACAUCAACAACAUGGGAUCUCUGGAGAAUGGAGGUGAUAGAAACAAAGUUCAAGAUCAGCCAAAUGGCGAUAGAAAUAGAGCUCAAGAUCAACCAAACGUGGACAAGAAUCAAUUUCAAUUUCUGAUAUUUUGGUUGCCUUACAAGCAUGAAGAAGAUGAAACAAGGGGUGAUAAAGAGGCAAAAGCGGAUCACGAAUCUGCUGAAAGAUCAUCUCCCAAUUUGAAAGUUGCGUCGGCACAACUUCCUAGCAACAAGGUUGGUUUGAAGGCGACGGAAAACAAUGUCAAUGGGAAGACAAAUGAUGUCAAGCAACAGGAAGAGCUACACAAUACGGGGAAGACCGAGGAAGGUGAGGGAAAAGCCAGAGGCAUUACUGUGAAGGAGAUAGAACAUAGUGGAGAUAAGAAGCCUUCUGAUGAUGGUACUAAAAGACAGUCCCCUUCUCCACAAAAGACGUCUAAGCUACCUCCAGUUUGUUUGAGAGUUGACCACUUGCCAAAGAGGAUAAACAGUCAUGGUGAUUCGAGGUCUCCUAGUCCUAGUCACAAAGAAAAAGCACAGGAAGCAUUUGGUGAUAGGUCUGAGUCCACCUCAUCAAUAAAAGAGAGUGCGGAGGUAGAGCCAAAUAAAGGGAAGAUAAAAGUAGUUAAGGUAGUGGAUGGCAUAACAAAGCAAGACACUGGUGAAGAUUGCAAAGCUCAGACUCCCAUUGGAGCUCCUGUGAAUUUGUUUCCUAAAUCUGGUGAAGAUGUUUCAACGAACCAAGACACUAGCAAAGUUGUAGUAUGUGAUGAUGUGAGAGAGGACAAAGAAGUCAAAGCACCAGAUGCAACAGUAGAAAGUCACUUGGGUGAUGGUGAAUUGCGGACCGAAGAUGAUGAAGGAGCAAAUAAGGCAGUAAAUGAGAUUCCUAAGGAAGAAGACAGAGCGAAAAGGAAGAAUUUGUCAGAGGCUGAAGCAACAGUGAUUAUUCAGUCUGCAUAUCAUGGAUUUGAGGUCAGGAAAUGGGAACCAUUGAAGAAACUGAAGCAAAUUGCUGAAGUGAAGGAGCAUGCUGCUCAGAUAAGAAGCCGAAUUGAAUCUUUAGAGUCUUCAUUUGAUAUCAGGAGUGAUGACAAGCAAAAGUUGAUAAUUGGAGAAACCAUAAUGAGCCUUCUGCUAAAACUAGACACCAUUCAGGGCUUGCACCCAACGGUCAGGAAUUUUAGGAAAUCCGUGGCAAAGGAGCUUGUGAGCCUGCAAGAGAAACUUGAUUCUCUACCUACCAAUAAAUCCGAAGUGUCAAAUGUGAAACUUGUGGAAGAUCUUUCUAUGAACGCCAAAGGAGAUUCUUCUUUUGAAGAAACGGGAAAUGGAAACAGCUUUGCUGAGACUCAGAGUAAUCACAGUAACAUAUCUGAUUUAGUAGAGCCUAGUCAAUGUCAAAUUUCCAUUAUCACCGAAGCAACAUCUGGCUCCCAAAUUAUGGAAACUUCAGAGAUGAAGUUGGUUAAGAAAGAAGCAUGCGAGGAAUCUGAAGAUGUUGAAAUUCAAUGCGGUUCCGAUUCGAAAAGGUUUAUAAGAUGUAUCCGGCCUACAGAUGCACGGACUCGUUUCGCCAUCAGAGAAAUCAAAUGCCAUAGACACAGGAUUAUUAUCCGAGCUUCGAAGUGGAUCAGCCAUGAUUUGAAUAUGAAAAGAAUCACUGUUGUGGAUGCCCUAAUCACUCGUGCAAUAAGAAAGAAGAUAAGCAUGUAA